AGAGACAUCAUGUACACCUGGAUGCUCAUCUGUGCUCUGGCUAUUCUGUCAGCAGCAGGCCAAUUGAAAGCUCUUCCAGCUUUCCCCGAGAACUCCAGGAUACAAGAAGAAUUUGACCCCAAAAUGACUGAGGGUGCAGUUGGAUUCUUGUCAAAUAGAGCCAACCUCUAUUCUGUGAUUCCAAAACAAGAGGAGACUGAUCUGGGAGGAGCUGGUCUACGGGAAGAUACUGUAAAGCCACUUGGAGAUAAUGCCAAACUGAUCGACAAUAUGAUGAUGCUACUGUGGAAGCUUACUUCUACUCAAAAUCUUCAACAGAGCAGAUUCUCAAAGCCUGCUCAGGCUGCCCUGAAAUCCAGUAAGAGAGCCUGUUUCUGGAAAUAUUGUGUUACUGACUGAUUGAUCUUGUCAACACCAUAACAACAUUCAACUGCUUGGCAGUCAGCUCUACAAAAUGCCAAAGCCAAACUUUCAGUAAAACUUCUAUCAAACAGGCCCUGCCUUAUCCAAUGAGAGGCUGCAGCCCAGAGGAUGUGUAAAUACUUCUGUAAUUAAACAUUUAUGAACGCACUGUGAAUAAAUGAUACUUUUGUACUGAAUUAAGUUCUGUUGUUUCCCUGUGAAUUGGAGAGGGCCCG